AGAGAGAGAGAGAGAGAGAGAGAGAGAGAGUGGUCGUUGGAGGAGGGGCAACCGGGCAAGCGUCAUUUGUACUCUCUUUCAACACCCCAUUCUAUCUCUACUGCUACUAACUACUACCAUGCCCCCACCACACAUAGCUUCUUCACUCUGCAAACACCGGUGCUCCGGAACUUUUUUAGUGGUUAAAACCACCGGAGGUAGAGGACGAGGGCAUUUUUGGAAAGAGUGGCUGUCAAGUUUGCUGCUUCUCCAUCCCAUCUCCUUCCACUCCUCUCUCUCUCUCUAUCUCUCUCUUCUUUCAUACUGAACUUCGCCUCGACCUUCAACUGCUGCAUAGCAGUGAAGCCCAAGGAAAAUGAUGGCGGUUGUUGCAUUCCUGUAGCACUGGCCGUUGCUUUCGCUUCAGUUAACUCCACUUCUUCCGCCUCUCCUUAUUCCCAUUGAGACAUCCCAACCACUACGCACUUUCUUCUCACCCUUCUUGUCUGAUCUCCAUCUUCUUGGAAUUCUUCUUCUUGGUUUUGUUGUGAGAUUUGAUGGUUAUGCGCCGGUGGAGUUUGGUGAUUUGUUGACAAAAUGACGAUCGAGAACGGGGAGGAUUGCUGUGUUAAGGUGGCGGUCCACAUCCGGCCGCUCAUCGGCGAUGAGAGAAUUCAGGGAUGCAAGGAUUGUGUUACAGUCGUCCCCGGCCAGCCGCAGGUACAAAUUGGCUCUCAUUCUUUUACUUUUGAUCACGUAUAUGGUAGUACUGGUUCUCCACCUGCUGCCAUGUUCGAAGAACUUGCUGCACCACUCGUUGACGGCCUAUUCCAAGGAUACAAUGGUACAGUCCUCGCUUAUGGUCAGACUGGUUCUGGGAAAACAUACACCAUGGGAACUGGAGGCAAAGAUGGAUGUCAAACUGGCAUAAUUCCCCAAGUUAUGAAUGCAUUAUUUCACAAGGUUGAGAACCUCAAGCAUCACGCUGAAUUACAGUUGCGAGUCUCAUUCAUUGAGGUUUUGAAAGAAGAAGUGAAGGAUUUGUUGGAUCCUGGAUCUGCUGGAAAAGUUGAGCCUGGAAAUGUUCAUGUAGCUAAGAUUGCCAUACCCGGGAAACCCCCGAUACAAAUCCGAGAGGGUUCAAAUGGAGUCAUAACACUUGCUGGGUCUACUGAAGUUGAUGUUCGAACCAAAAAAGAAAUGGUUGCCUGUCUUGAACAGGGCUCUUUUAAUCGUGCAACUGGAAGUACGAACAUGAAUAACCAAUCAAGUCGUUCCCAUGCCAUCUUCACAAUCACAUUGGAGCAGAUGCAUAAACAAAAUCAAAUGUUCUCUGUUGAUGGUAUGCCAGUUGAGGAUAUGACUGAGGAUUGUCUAUUUGCAAAGCUUCAUCUUGUUGAUCUUGCUGGAUCGGAACGGGCCAAGCGAACAGGUUCAGAUGGUCUGCGAUUUAAGGAAGGUGUUCAUAUUAACAGAGGGCUUCUUGCCCUAGGCAAUGUAAUAAGUGCUCUUGGAGAUGAGAAAAAGAGGAAAGAUGGUGCUCAUGUUCCUUACCGGGACAGCAAACUUACUAGGCUUUUGCAGGAUUCACUUGGUGGAAACAGCAGGACUGUUAUGAUAGCUUGCAUCAGUCCAGCAGAUAUCAAUGCAGAGGAAACUCUUAACACCCUUAAAUAUGCUAACCGUGCUCGAAACAUUCAAAACAAGCCCAUCGUUAAUAGGAAUUUAAUGUCAAAUGAGAUGCAGAGGAUGCGGCAACAGCUGGAGUACUUGCAAGCGGAACUGCUAUGUGCUCGUGGUGGAGGGGCAUCUACUGAUCAAGUUCAGGCUCUCAAGGAGAGAAUUUCUUGGCUUGAAACAACAAAUGAAGAUCUUGGUCGGGAACUUGAUGAGUAUCGCAGCAGGUUCUCUCUACCAGAGAACUUUACAGCUGAGAGCCAAAAAUAUAGAACCGAUUUGGGCAAAAUGGAAGGGCUGAAGAGAAGCCUGAGUACAGAGUCAUUUGACUACCAAAUGGCUGAAAGCCUGAGAGGUGAUAACUAUAAGGAGGUUGAUGAAGAGGCGGCCAAAGAAUGGGAACAUACGAUGUUGCAGGAUACAAUGGGCAGGGAAUUGAAUGAGCUAAAUAAACGUCUGGAGCAGAAAGAGUCUGAGAUGAAAAUGUUUGGAGGUUUUGAAACAAUUGCUCUCAAACAGCAUUUUGGAAAGAAGCUUAUGGAACUUGAGGAUGAAAAAAGAUCUGUUCAGCUAGAAAGGGAUCGGCUAUUGGCUGAAGUUGAAAGCCUCGCUGAUGGACAUUUACACAAGUUUCCAGAUAUACACUCGCAGAAGUUGAAGUCACUUGAAGCUCAGAUAAUGGAUCUUAAGAAAACACAAGAGAAUCAGGUCCAGCUUGUAAAACAAAAGCAAAGAAGUGAAGAAGCAGCAAAAAAACUGCAAGAAGAAAUUCAAUCAAUUAAGGCUCAAAAGGUGCAAUUGCAACAUAGAAUAAAGCAAGAGGCUGAACAAUUUCGGCAGUGGAAGGCUUCUCGAGAAAAGGAACUCCUGCAGUUAAGGAAGGAAGGUAGGAGGAACGAGUAUGAACGACAUAAACUUCAAGCUAUGAAUCAGAGACAGAAAAUGGUUCUUCAGAGAAAGACAGAAGAGGCUGCCAUUGCCACCAAAAAGUUGAAAGAAUUGCUAGAAGCUCGGAAAUCAUCAGCGAAAGAUAAUUCUGUUAUGUCAAAUGGGAGUUCACCAGGCAGUCAGAUGAAUGAGAAGUCUUUUCAACGAUGGUUAGAUCAUGAGCUUGAGGUCAUGGUGAAUGUACAUGAAGUUCGCAUUGAGUAUGAGAAGCAAAGCCAAGUACGAGCUGCCCUUGCAGAAGAGAUUACUAUGUUCAAACAAGAAGCAUUUUCUGGGGAGCUUAGUCCUCCAAAAGGAAAGAAUGGACACUCUCGAGUAUCAAAUAUGUCACCAAACGCAAGAUUAGCAAUGCUAGCAUCACUUGAGAACAUGGUGAGCAUGUCAUCAAAUGCUCUAGUAGCAAUGGCUUCUCAGCUUUCAGAGGCUGAGGAAAGAGAGCGAGCAUUUACUAGUCGUGGCCGGUGGAAUCAGUUGCGAUCAAUGGGAGAAGCUAAGAAUUUGCUUCAAUAUAUGUUUAAUGUUGCUGCGGAUGCAAGAUGCCAACUGAGAGACAAGGAAAUAGAGAUGAAGGAGCUGAAGGAGGAACUGAAUGAGCUUGUUGGAAUUCUCCGACAGAGUGAAUCUCGGCGGAAGGAACUGGAAAAACAGCUAAAAUUGAAAGAGCAAACUGUUUCCUUGGAAAUGGCAAACACACCUUUGUCCAACUCAAAUGGUUCGUUGAAACACUCAGCCGAUGAAACGAACACACCAGCUUCUCCAAUACCUGCUCCAGCACAGAAGCAGCUCAAAUACACACCUGGCAUUGCCAAUGGCCGAGGAAGAGAAACUGCAACCUUCAGUAACCAACCCUUAAAGAUGGUACCUCUAGGGCAGGCAUCCAUAGGCAAGAAGAUAGCUGUAGCAAGCCAAGUAGGAAAACUAUGGAGAUGGAAAAGGAGCCACCAUAGGUGGCUAAUACAGUUCAAAUGGAAGUGGCAGAAGCCAUGGAGGUUGUCUGAAUUGAUAAGGCAUAGUGAUGAGACAAUCGUUAGAACAAAGCCCAGAAUUCUACCUGUUCGAGACACAUCAUCUCUUCGAUGCACAUCCAUCAUCAAUACCUGAACCCUAACUAUUUUUAUAGGGUUUUAUAGCAGAUUUAUAAACAUAAAAGAGCUCUAACUGCAUCAAGCUCUUCAAGCUCUCACGACAUGCUGAUAUCUCUUGUACAUAUGAUGGUGGCACCUUCAUAUUUCAGUUGGUGCAGAGUGAGAAAAUUUUUUCCUUAUACACAGAUUUUCAUGGAAUUUGCAUUCCUUUGCUUGGUGUUGUCAUAUUGGAUUUAUGCAUCGAAAGGAUCAUUGUAAAGUGUUUAUAAGAUCUGUGUUCUGUACUUAAAACUAUAACUAUGGGAUCUCUACCAGAAUGAUGUCCUGCUAUUAUGCUUUCAUGCUUGGGGUAAAAAUUCCUUGUAGAAGAAAAAAGAGGAAAGUUCAUCAUGUUUAUUUUGUCUUUCAUAGAUGGAGAAUUUCAUGUUCAUAAUGUAUUGAGGUGUUGUUAUUACUUUGUAUUAAUUACAUAAUGGAUUUGUGUGUGUUUUUGUAUUAAUUAAGUUGUUCA